UCAUAAUACAAAAUCUCAUUAUUGAAAAAGUGUUUUCAGCUCUAAUUCUUCUUCCCACACUAACAGUUAAACCCUCUUUCAAUACUCAGUUGCAAAUUUCUCCUCUUUCAAAAUCACGAUGAUUUUUUCAAGAGGAACCCAGAAAUUACUUCAAUCUACCAAUGCAAGAAACCCUCAAUUUCUUUUACAAUUUCUUCGUGAUUCGCCCCGCCAUUUCUCUACAGGUUUUGAGCAUCAACCUCAAUCUCAACCUCCGCAUUCAUCUAUUCCUUCCCCAACUUCAGGUUCGGUCUAUGGGAGGCUGUUUGGCAUCUCAUCAAAUACACUGAAGACUGACAUCAUCAGUUUGUUUGAAGGAUGCAACUUGACAUUGGAUGACAUUAAGGUUGAUUACAACAGGACAUAUCAUCCGAUGGCAAUGCUGGUGCAAGUCCGCUCUGAAUCUGAUUAUGGUACUGCCAUUCGAGAGCUUACAAGGAAGAACCGAUCUUUUAAAUUGGAGAAGGUAGUUGAUCAUCAACAAUGGGAUCUUGUAGCACCUUAUAAUGGAAGAUAUGUAUUAUUCCGAGGAAUACCACGGAAUGCACUUUUGGAAGAUGUGGAACGAUUUUUGUCUGGCUGCAAUUAUGAAUCUUCCUCCCUUGAAUUGUUUACUAGGCAAAUGCAAUUUGAGCCUAUGAGGAUGGCAAAAGUAGGUUUCCCCUCGCAGCUUGAGGCAAUGAAUGCAGUAAUCAGAAAGAAUGGGGCUUUUUGUCUCAAUAGCCGUAUAACAGCUCAACUUAUCCAGUGAAACAACUUUGGUUUCUGUUAACAAUGCAACAAUCACAUUUUUCGACAAUGCAUUGCCUCGACCUUGGCGAAAUUCUUUCGACAAUGCUUGUAACUUUGAUGUUUGCUUUGUUGCUGGCUAUUUUCUUGAAAAAGCACUUGUGUAAGGUUUAAUCACUGCUUGUUCAGUGUCCCUCCGUUGGGUUUCAUAGAAUGUUUCUUAUUGGUAGAUUAGACAUGUACCAGUAACUAUUUUGUUUGCUCAUCUAAGGAAUUAGAUUGAGUUAAUAAACUAUUCAGGCUCAGGUUCACAAUUUUGCUUUUGUUAGCAUUCUCAAAAAGUAGUUUAUGACAGAGUGAAGAAAUUAAUCAAGCAAUUAUUUUGUUUAUUUCCUAUGAUAUUUCAAACAAGAUCAUCUCUUUAAAGUGUUA